CUACUAUCGUUCCAUUUGUCAUUAUUAGACAGAAAAUAGUAAAUUUUUUAAGGUGGGAAGCUGGGCCAUAGGAAGAAGAAAUAAUCAUCAGAAAUCAGAAAAUGGUGGUGGGAGUAGUUCGAUAACUUUGAUCUCUUCUUCUUCUUCUUCUUCUUCCUCCCUGAAAGCGAGUCAUGUCACUUUCACCGUCUUUUCUUUACUCCUUUCACCUUUGGGCAACUAGCUAGCUAGCGGCCGAAGUUCAUCUCUUCUUUUUUCCCCCCUUCCCCCAUUAUUAUUUCACAGCGUUGCCGACUUGCCGUGUUACUCGACAUUUUCCCACCUUUUCGCCUACAAGCACACAUCGUCUCUUCCCUUUGACAUUUUCCGUUCUUGUUUCCUCUCCUUUUCUCGGAAAAUUUUGUUGCCUUUUAAAGUCAAAAUCCAUUCACGAUCUCUAGAAUAUCUGUGCAAGCUAGUAUUUUCUUCCCCAUAAUUGUACCAAUGCGUGCUCUGUUUUAGGGAGUCUUCUCCACCCUGUUUGUUUCCCCAGAAACUAAGACAUGGGUAUCUUAAGUCAGCUCUGAAAGUUUGGAGCUUUCCUUCUUGUCUUGUUUUUGUUUACUUUCUCUAGAAGCUUGAAAGUUUCAGCCUUUCUACAAGAAUCGCGUUCCGUGGCCGUUGAGGUUUCAGAGUCCAUUUUUUUAUUGCUACAAAUCUUUUCUCGGAAAUAAUCAGGAUCUGUAUUUGAUUAAACUAAUGGCGGAAGGGUCAAAGGCUCGUUUAGUUCGCUGCCCAAAGUGCAACAAUCUCCUCACCGAGCUCCCAAACUUCUCCGUCUACAAGUGCGGUAGCUGCGCUGCUGUUCUUCGAGCAAAGAAGAAUUCCCGAGAAACUGACGGAGACAGUUUCGACAAAUUGGAGAGAUUAUCAGCGAAAGAGGGAGGGAUUGCUAUGAACCCAUAUGCAGCUGAUGCCAAACCCAUAUUCUCAUGGGAAAAAGAUCGAGUCUUUAGGCAAGGACCUUCCAAUCCGAUCAGUAAGUCAUCAAUGGUGGACCAAAAGCAGCCUGCAAUUGACAAUUAUAGCAACAGAAAAACGAUGAUGAUGAAAGAGAAGCAAAAUGGGUUUAAUGAUUUUGUUCCUAGAAGGGUGAUUGAUGAAUCAUCUUCCUAUCGGAACACUGGAUUGAUGGGUGGUGGUGUUAAUCGAGGCGAAUGCUCGACGAGUAGUUCGUAUGGAUAUGGAAGGGUUAGGAAGGAGUAUGAUCCCCUUGGUAGAGCUACAAGUACUACUCGAAUUUCUUAUCUAGAACAUGAUCGAGCAGAGUUGCUGAGGAAGGUGGAUGAGUUGAAACAACAGCUUAACCAAGUCUGUGAUUCUUCUUCCACUAGUUUGAAGCACAAUGUGAUGAUUCCAUCACCAUAUCAUCAGUCCCACGCGCCACGUGGCUACUUCUCGAGCGAUUUGUCUCGAGAUCAAAGCUAUGAUACGCGUUCUGUGGGGGUUCCUCCUCCUUCGCUUGGCUAUAGUGUUUCCACAUCACGAGAUCCACAGAUUCAAUCUCGAUGGCUUGCUGCUGUGGCCAAAGGUAAUAAUAGAAGGCUUCUCCGUCGUCCCAUAGCAUGUGGUGCUCCAUUUAUCACCUGUUGUGCUUGCUUUGAGUUGCUUGAAUUGCCUAGAAAGACAAGAAUGAAGGAGAAGGAUAGGGUGAAACUGAGAUGUGGUGCCUGUUCGGAGGUGUUGAUGCUCGAGUUGAGAAGCAAGAAGUUAAUGGUUUCAGUUUGUGAAGAGAUGAAAGAAAUGGAUGUCAAGGCUGUCGAUGGCUCUUGUGAACUCAGCAAUGAUGUGCAUGAAAAUGUUGCCAAUGUUUGUGAGGUCCAGACAACUGGUUUACAAGGAAGUAUACAGGCAGAAGAGCAGAUUUUAAAUAUUGUUGAAUGUGACAAGAGGAAGGGCUAUGCUUCUUCUUCUGGAUCUUCGUCAUCCUCAUCAUUUUGCAGUCCUUCAGAUUCUUCCGAUGAAGAGGAAAGCAUCAACGAAAUUGCUGUCCCACAACACGUCUCUUCUGCAAUCGAUCUGGCUGUCAAAGAUGGUGAAUCUCCAGCGAUGAGCACAAUGCACGAUGGCCAGGAGAAUUUGGGUGGUUCCAAGGAAGAAGCGCUCAACUUAGAACCGGAAGGGAAGAUAAACACACACACCAGAGACCAAGCAAAUGAUGCAUCAAGGAAAGAUGCAUCAUCCAUGGCUGCAGCUGUUCCUGAAGUGGAGGAAGAAUUUUCCUUCAGUGAUUACAGAAACAUGGACUCAUCUGUAGACUCUAUAGAGAUGUCCAAUGCAAAAGCAUCUCCAAUCCACAGGCUGGCUGGGGUGUUUAAGAAGAGCUUCAAGGAUUUUGCCAAACCUCUUUCUCCUCAACCAGCAAAGAAGAACAAGCCUCUUGUCUUUGUAAAUGGACAGCCAAUUCAUGAAGACUCAUUGAGAAUGGCUGAGAAGCUAGCCGGGCCAAUUCAUCCCGGAGACUACUGGUACGAUUUUCGAGCAGGGUUCUGGGGGGUCAUGGGGCAGCCUUGCCUUGGUGUAAUUCCUGCUUUCAUCGAAGAGUUCAACUACCCUAUGCCGCGAAACUGUGCUGCUGGAAACACAGGCGUGUUUGUAAAUGGGAGAGAGCUCCAUCAGCAGGAUAUGGAGUUGCUGUCCAAGAGAGGGUUGCCUACCUUGAAGCACAAGUUCUAUACACUCGAGAUCGAUGGCAGACUCUAUGACAACGACUCGAGGAAAGAGCUAGGUGGGCUUGGCAAACUUGCUCCAACAGUUGAGAAGGUCAAGCGUGGCUUUGGCAUGAAGGUACCCAGAUUUGUGGAAUGACAUGAUGUUAUGAAUAUGUAUCUAUCAACAAUUCAUUGUGUUGUUAUUUGCCAGUUUCUGCUGGUUCUGUCCAAUAAAGCAAUGCUCUAUAUAUGGUCAAUCCAGCUAUUUUGGAUUAAUCUUUUUUAUAAGAGUGAUAUAAAUUCGAGGUUGUUACAUGUAUCUAGUUGUAGUAUUGCAAGAAGUACUAGCGAUUAAAUUCGAUUCGAUUUCUUUAUCAACAAGAUCUUGGUUGAAGAAGUAUCAAGAAUAUAGUUGCAAAUUGGUGGGGAAUGGGGUGUCCUAAAACAGAGAGACCAUACCAUGGAAAUGAUGAUGGUGAAGAUAGGGUAAGAGAGGAGUUUCUUGUAGUUUUGGAGUGGGGAAGAGAACUCAUUAGUUUGGAGAAGAGAAUGUUGGCACAGCCUGGAAAGGUAACCAAUGGUGGGGACUUUGGCUUCUCUUUCAACUGAUGAAGCACAACUUCACCAUUAGUAUAGCAUUGGUCUAACAGUGCUAGAGAUUUCUCCUAACGAUAUCAACUACAAGAUAUUAAUCCGUUUGAAUUCCACAAGAUUCGUUGUCUAUCAUUUUGUAGCCUCUCAUCAACCUAAAUUUAGAGGUCGUUCAUUUUUGCACUGCUCAACACUUAGCACGUAGAACUAACUCAAUUUCAAUUUAAAACGCUUAUUGUUGUAGUUAAGGUUAGAUCAUUCCUUAUGCUUCAUAGAUCUCAUCCGUGCUUUAUUUAUGUGUGAUGUUCAUUUACAAGGGACACAUAGAGACUCUGGGUACCAGUAAUAAGUAAUAACAUCCCAACCUUUUUUUCCGAUCUCCUUUGGGCUUAGCAUUUAGCAUCACAUGUUUUGCACUGGGUGCAUCUUUAUAACUUUUCAAGUGGUUAUACAUCUCUCCAUUGCUCUACAACGAGCACGUUAACUUCAAACUUUUUAUAAGAAAAUUUCCAUUGCAAUAUAAAAUACGUCUUUUCAAUUAAUGUUGAAUUUCUUAAAAUUCAUAUAUCUUUAUCGUAUUUUGUCACUGUGAACUUGGACUAAAUUGUUAUAUUUCUUUUAUCAUUGUGUUUUUUAAUAAUAGAGGGAAUUAAUAAUGCUUGUCCAUGGUAGUUUUUGACAUGCAUGACUGAUGUUUUUCCAACUUAUUAAACAGUGUCUGUCAAACAUACUGAUUAUCUUAUCAUUAAACUAAACAAAGAUGCUUUGGUUCAUUAUUUUUUAUUGACUCAUAAAUGUUGUUGUUAUGUUACACACCAAAGUGAUAUAAGUUACAACUAUAUAAACUACAAGCUUAGUUAUUAUAGCCUUACAGGAAAAGACAAUGCCUUAUAAAUGUUGUUAAAUUACCUAGUCAAACAAAAAAAUGUUAUUUAACUAGAAGUCUCUUAAUAGUUUGAGCUAAACCUGUCAAAAUAUAUUAUCCCUUCUCUGUUUUGUAGUUUUAUGGUGUUGUAUUCUCUAGGUAAUUGUUUCUCACAGAAAUCUGCUAUAUACUAGUUUUUAGUUUUUAUCAUCUUCAGGUGUGUUUUAUACUAUUUAGUGUUAGGCGACUCACAUUCCAUACAAAGUUUAAUCAAACUUUUAUAUUGAUUUCACAUUCGUUCUUAUCAUUUUCAUGUACUUUUAAAUUUGGAUCUUCAAUCGAAAUUCGACUAAUCCAUCAAAGUCAUGUUAACAGUUAAGCUCAUAGAUCUACAUUUCUUGACAACAUGCCUUGUAAGGCUCAAUUGUUUGAAUUGUAGGAUACAAAAUGAUUCAAUCUAGUCAUUGAAUGCACCAUAUAUCAUUUAACAAGUAAAAUAUAAAUGAAUUAUUAUGAUCGUGUCUUAAUUUUACGUUGACUCAAUCUAACUCUUUCAACCAACAUUGAAGAGUUGAAGUUAUGAUUGAAAUAUAUGAAUCAUUCACCU